UGCUAAUAUCUAACUGAAAAAUAAUAAAAUUGAAAGCUGCUCCCUCAGAACACAUAACCACAUACACUUCGGUUAAUCCGAAAGAAGCUCAUCGGAAUCGCAAGACACCGCCGACGACAUGGCCGCCGCCGUGACCGAUAUGGCCCGCCGUCACACGAUUAGCCAAAUACUGGUCGACCUCGUCAAGUUCGCCGUCGGUUCCGCCAUCGACGGCUCACGCAGAAUCAUCCCUGGUAGGAAGCAGGUAGAUAAGAUGGUGCCAGAAGGAUUAAUAAACAUACCCUUGCCAACCCCUUUAAAGGCCAAGAAACACCCUGAUUUAAAGGUUGCAAAUGACCUCCCUUUUGAGACAAAAAUGGAGGAAGUGAAGGAAGACAUGAAUAACCUAAAGCAGCAGUACGAAGCAUCAAUCAAACGUGUUGAAGAAUCACAGCCGCCAAACAAAUCUGAUGGCGGCUUUAAGGAAAUCAAUCUUGUGCAGGGCAAUGGAAGGAGGGUAUUCAUUCGAUCUCGUCUAUAGAAUGGAAUUUUCAAAACCUACACUAGAGAUUCUACACAUCCAUAAGAUAGUGCAACAUAAAAUGUGCUUUGUUUUUCUAUUCUCCCCUCUGACCAUGUUAGAUGGGAAGGGGGAUAAUAACUGGGCUUGAGGUUUGACCGUAUGAGCCUGGGUACUGUCACCACUUGAGGUAUACUAAGUUUCUUAGGUCCUAUAACAUGUCCUAUAAUAUCCUAUAACAUGUCUUGUAUGUAACAUGUUCAAUAACAUCUAUUUUUUUUUUCCAAUGAAUAUACUACAAUUUACAAACCCCA